AUGCUCGCAAACCGUACACGAGUCCUUACUUCGGAAGGAACCGAGCCAAAAGAGGGACAAUCGGUAGUGUACUGGAUGCAACGUGACGUGCGAUCGGUCGAUAAUUGGGCUCUCUUAUGGGCUCGAGAUCUAGCGAUGCAGCACGAUGUUCCCCUACACGUCGUGUACGCGUUGCCACCACCGGCUUCGUCGGACGGAUCAGACAACGAUAGAGAUUUGCCUCCAGCUCUCAUUCAAUUACCCAUGACGAAGCGACAUGGCGCCUUUUUGCUGGGUGGGCUAGAAUGCGUGUACAAGGAGUUGAAAGAGAUGAAGAUUCCGUUGUACGUCUGCCUUCCCGACUCUCACGAGAAGGUUGGCGAGACUGUCUGCGAAGCAAUCCUGCAUAAAUACAAGGCAAAAAUUGUUGUCUCUGAUUUUUCUCCGAUACGCGAAUACCGUCAAUGGAUGGAACUCCAGGCCGUACCUAUCUUGGAGGAAGCGAAGGUCCCGUUUUAUCAGGUUGAUGCCCACAACAUUGUGCCGGUGUGGACGGCAACCGACAAACGACAAGUUGGAGCUCGAACCCUACGGCCGCGAAUUCAUAAAGUGUAUAAUGACUACCUACAAGACUAUCCGGAUCUCAAAGGCAACAGCCAUUCGGUUGACCAACCCAAGUUUGACCGGGUCGAAUACGAAUCGUUUUUACAGAUGGACGAAUCGGUGGAAUCCGUCGACUGGGCACAGCCUGGAACAGAAGCAGGUAUGAAACAGUUUGAAUUUUUUAGCAAGAAUGGCCUAAAGAUUUUUCAUGAGCAACGUAAUGAUCCCGUGCAAAAGCACGUCUGCUCUGACAUGUCCCCCUGGAUCAAUCACGGCCAUAUUUCGUUUCAACGGUUGGCCCUAAAUGUCAAAGCAUUGAACAAACACGCCAACGGAGCUGCAGCCUUUAUUGAAGAAGGCGUUAUUCGUCGCGAGCUAUCAGACAACAUGUUGUACUAUUCUCCGAACGACUACGACUCGCUCGAAACGGCAGCUGGCUGGGCACGGGAGAGCCUGCAACUGCACGCGUCCGACGAACGUGAAUUCGUGUACUCACUCUCCGAGCUGGAGGAAGGACGCACUCACGAUGAUUUGUGGAAUGCAGCUCAGUUGCAGAUGGUACGAGAUGGAAAAAUGCACGGCUUUAUGCGCAUGUACUGGGCCAAAAAAAUCCUCGAGUGGUCCGAAUCUCCGGUUGGGGCGUUGCGGACGGCGCAAUACCUGAAUGACAAGUACGAAUUGGACGGCCGCGAUCCAAACGGCUUUGUCGGGGUCGGCUGGUCCAUAAUGGGAAUCCAUGAUCAAGGAUGGAAGGAACGAGAAGUGUUUGGUAAAAUUCGGUACAUGAACUACAACGGGUGUAAGCGUAAAUUCAAAGUGGAGGAGUAUGUUGCUCAGUACAAAGGUGCCGCCGAGAAUGCUGCCAAUGCAGUGGAGGAAACAAAUGGGUCGUCCAACAAGCGCAAAUCGUUACCAAGCUCUUCAAAUUCGAAACAAAAGACUGCCAGAAAGUAA